AGUUGGACGACAGCCUGAAGGACAUCACGGACGUCGCCCCGUGUCGAAAACGCCGUUUCCGUCACCUUGGCCCCUCGGACCCCGCGGUGAAGAGAGGAAACCCCCAGAGUUCCCAGACAGAAAAAACUAAGAGGAGCGACCCCCCCGGCAGGAUCCAGUAAGCAGCAGCCGCCCCCCCCGCCGCUCUACAGAGGCUGCAGCAGUAGAGGACCUGUUUGAUGACUUUUGAUCCGUUGACUUCCACUCUUUUCCCUCAGGACUACACAGAGAGAGGACACUGGGUGUUAUGGGAUGGUAAAGGUGGAUUGUUUGUGUACUGGAUUUAUGUGUUAAAGGGUUAAAUAAUUUGAAAGGGAUUGUUCCUGUUACAGCAUAAAGAAUGGGGGAUACAUGAAGGUGAAACGUCAGGUUUGCACUCGGUCAUAUCCGACUCCUCCUUGGAGACUCGUUUACAGAUAAUAAACUUUCACCUGAUUGUAUUUUACGAUUUAGAUUGUCUCAUUUGAUGAGUGUGUAAGCUGAGGUGCAGAAAUCUGGUUUAUUACUGCAGAAAAAUACAAAUCUCAAUGUUAAAAUAUAUAAAUAAACAUUAACAAUCGUUCUAAUCCUCGCUGCAAUCACCCUGAGGAACCACUAACAUGUCCUUACAUUAUAUUUUUAUAAAUCGGGAAACGUAACCCAUUUUCCAUAACCUUCAUGAACUGGAAGUGAAUUGUGAUUUCUACAAUUUAAUAAAACUUGUGAUUGUAAUUUUUGAACCAAUAAACAGUUUUCAUGUGUGAUCUCUGCAGUGCCUGUGAA